AUUUUCAGAACUUGGCAAAGCUCUUGGGUUUUCCCCUUCAUCUUUGUUAAUUUAUCAUCAUCAUCAUCAUCAUCAUCAUCAUCAUCACUAUCGUCUUGGGUGCCCUUCAAGGCAGCAGUCACCAGCUAUGAUCUCUUGGGUUUCGAGGAUGCUUCCUAGGAAUGUUCGUUCCUUGGCUACAUCAUCAGAGAACCCGCGAGCUGAGGACUGUCAUCGUCACCAUGAGGCCUAUGGAUACUUCUUGCCAAUCCAGACAAGGUGGCAGGACAAUGACCAGUAUGGCCACGUGAACAAUGCUGUGUACUACAGCUACUUCGACACUAUCAUCAACCACUACCUGAUCAGGUACUGCGGCCUGAAGACCGGCUUGAGGACGUCCCCCAUGGUGGGGUUCAUGGUGACCAAUCAGUGCACCUUCUACACACCUGUCGGCUUCCCUCAGGUCCCAGUGGCUGCUCUGGCCGUGGAGAAAGUGGGUCACUCCAGUGUGCAUUACCGCCUCGCUCUGUUCCCACCUACGCCCACCAAGGAGCCGGCCACAGCAGAUCAGCAUGACCUCAAUGACGGCUUUUUCUUUGGCCACCCCAAGCUGGCGCAGUUUGACGCUUUGGCCUCUACUACCGGGUCCUCAGUCCACGUUUUUGUGAAUCCAGCCACCAACAAGCCAACAGGCCUUCCAGAAGACUUCAGGAGGGGCCUCCUGAGGCUUAUGAGGCCGGCUUCCUUGUGAAUUGUCUGGAGGUGCAAUUGUGCCUGUCAGAGAAUAAAGUUUAGAUCACUCUCUAAACGACU